AUGACACCUUACAGUCGGACCCAGGUAGUGCUAUUGCUGGUUCUGCUAGUGAGCUUCCUGGAACUUCCACCCACCCAUGAAUACCAAGUCUUAGAGUUCUACGCUGGAGUUGGCAGAAUUGCAGCUAUGUCCAAAUAUGUUGGGUAUAGGUCAUGUGCUCUAGAUGUUGAAUAUGGCCGUGAACGAUUCGACAAACAGGGCAAGCGGUCACCGAUGGACAUCAAUUCAGAUUCCGGGCUAGUAUUGGCAAUACACCUACUACUACACUCGGAGUUCGAAGCUGCCGUCGCAGUGUUGGCAGUUGUGUGCUCAUCCAUGGUACCGGUCAAUCGUGGGUCCACUGAUAGAAGCUUCAUGACACCCCUGGGCAAUGAAUACUUUCUUGCAGUGAGGAAAAGCAACAAGUUGACUUCCAGGAGUGUAUUGUGCAUGUUGCUUCUAGUGGCACUUGGGGGUACCUACUUGAUGGAAAACCCGGUCAACUCACUGGUUGCCCUCCAUCCCCGCUAUGUGUGGUUCUGCGCGCGACUGCAGGAGCUUGGCAUUCCAACCUACAAGAUUGCGUUCUGGAUGCGCAAGUACAAGGCUAUGUCAUACAAGAGGACUUGGAUUUGGUCAAUUUCCAGUCAAAUAUGCAGUCUUGAUUUGGGGUCGCUUACUGCAUCUGAACGUCAGGGGUGCACUGCAACAACAACUCGUUACAGGGACAAGAAUGGCAAACUCAAAUUCAAGGGGAAUUCCAACUUGAAACGUUCCCAGCAGUAUACCUAUAAGUUUGCUUCCAAGAUAGUGCAGUUGGUGCCGAAGAUUCGCAAGGAUACCAAGACCAAACCAAUUCCCAUUCAGGUGCAGCAGGACUCCUUUCAGAACCUAUUUGCCAACAUGAAUUUCAGUGAUGAAUGCCGAGCCUGGGAUGCUGGGAUUAGCUUAGUGAAGAUGGAAACUGGCAUGGAUCCUUUGAGGGCUUCUGAUGCCGCGAUUGCGGAAGAGCUUGCAAAGCUUCAGGAUAUGCUGCAGCAUGUGGCGAUGAUUGGAGCGCCUGAGGAGCCACCCAGAAACGACUACCAGGAUGUUUCAGCUGAUGUGGGCAAUGAUUCAAUGGAAUCGUUAGACCAUGAACUUUGUCAUGAUGACCCCUAUGACUAUGGUUUCUUUCAUCAGGCUGAUGAGGUUGGAGCUACUGCGGAUGACUGCGCUGAUAUGUGGCAAACUCUGCAAGCAGCGCUCAAUGAGGUUGCUGAGUUGCGUGCGACACCUCCUAAGCCAAAGGAGUCUUUCAUCAGAAGGUGCCGCAGGAAGAUUGAGUUCAUCAAUGAGCAGGACCUCUACGCUGAGGGGGAGUUCUUGAGCGAACAGGACUUGAUAGAGCAGGAGUACAAAGAGACCCGCAUCAACGCAAUCAAAGCUGAGUGUGCCAAGCGCAAGGGCUGGAUCCGGCGUGACAGGUACGAGAAGCACGUGAAGUUGUAUUGGGUGGAGACCAAGCUGGGUGGCAAAAACCUGCAACUCAGCUGUAUACAUAGACAUGCAAACCAACAUUUAAAGCUAUCAUGA